CGUACCGGGACUACGGGGGGGACGAGGGGAACCCGCUUCGCCGCCCACCUCCCGGCAAUAUUCGCGGGCCGGUGAGUGGUCUCGGGCCGCUCCCGGGCAAGUCCCCCCCGUUCGGCUACCGGGGUGCCGAGCCAGACCCGGCGGCGGGAAGCGCUGGGGGCCGCGGCGGGGCCGGGGUUCCCUGCCGGGGCGGGGAGAGGCGGCACCCCGCUGCGGGCGCCCGAGGGGCACGGGGACGGACUCUCCCGCCUCUUCCCUAGGCUCUCGCCCGGCCCGUUGGGCACGUCGGACAGGUGUGCGCCUCGGGCGGUGGGCAGGCGAGAGGCAAGGGGCGGGGGUACCCUGUACCCCCGGCUCUGCUGUUCCUGAGUUGGGGCCGAGUUUGGUCUCUGCCGUGUGUCCCGCGUGUCCGAGCCCGGUCUUCUAAGGUUUUGCGGGACGGGUGCCCGCUCCUCAUUAUACUUGGGGUUGAUUUCUGACCCCCAUCACUUCUUCUACCACGGUCAGCGCGAAGGGAUGCAGGGCCUCCGCAGGUGUCCGAAGGGGUCUCUGGGCAUCCCCCCGCGCUUCCAGGUGGGGCCCGCGGCUGCAGGGCUGACACAGCUACUCCGUGAGCCGAGACACUCAACGCGGGCCUGGGGCACCCGUUGGCCCCGCGCGGAUGCACUUCGCGAGUGUCUGCUGCCAACCCCGGGGGCCUGGUGCAGCCACGGGACACGCUCCCCGAGCGCCCCGUGCACGGGACGGGCAGUGGGGCUCUCGCCGGGCUCUGCACGAGUGAGAGUGAGGUGGCUUGCUCAGGGAUUGCAUCACCAAUUGCCAUUGUUUAGCCCCUGGCGGGGGACACCUGUGACGGGGGUCCAGACUGGUGCUCACAUGGAUGAGCUCGUUUCCGACCCUGGGAAAAAUCCCUGUGUCUAUGAAUCGCUCGGCAGGGCUCUGGCAGCCGUGUCUGGGGGAGAUCCAGCCAGAGUUGCCCGUACAGGACAUGGGGGUCUGCUGUGGGGUGUGCAGGUCUGGCACCGCCCUGGGGUGCCCAGGUGCUCGGUUCAGCCCUGCCCGCGCUGGACGAAAGCAGAUGCCGAGCGGGGCUGCGGGUCCAGCGCGGGCUGCGGUCCUGCGCGCUCGAGGAGCUGCCCCGUGGACGGGGCCCCGAGUCUGAGGAGACACUGCUUGUGUUAGUCCGUUGCUUCGGCUCUGGGGCUCCCGGUGGCGAAGGGAGGGUGCCCUCGUUCGGCGCCCCGCCGGCAGCGCUGCCGCUGCAGAGUCCGGGGCCGUGCUGCCGCCGGACGGGAGAAGCCUGAAUUGCACCGGCUGAUCCGUCCCGUCCCGUCCCGUCCCGUCCCGUCCCGUCCCGUCCCGUCCCGCCCCGCCCCGUCCCGUCCCGUCCCGCCGGGAUGCUGGAGCCGAGGGGCCGUAGGCGGGCGGCGGCCGCGGAAGCGAGGACAGGGGAGUCCGUCCCUUUCCAGCAGGGCGCAGGGACCCUCGCUUGGCCUCUCCGGCGGUGCCGGCCUGGGAAAUCCAUGACCUGGCAGCAGCGGCUGGCGUGGGGCCACGGGCCACCACGGGAGCGAAGGGCAGCGUGGGCUGUGUUUGCCCAGGCUGUGGCGGCUGGUGCGGCCGGGGGGGGCGGUGCGAGCCCUGCCGGCACCGGGGGCGCAUCCCGCCUGGUGCACGGCCCUGGAGGGGACACAUGGGCCUGGCAGCGCCCACUACAGACCCGUGGAAUAGUGUGGCCUGUGCAGGGUAGCAUCAGAUUCCACAAAUGGGACUUGGGGACCAUCCCCUGAGAUGCUAGAGGGACUGGAAGAAAUUAUGUUUUCUUCUUGUCCCAGCAGUGCCCAGGAAUGUGUUUUCACUUUUUUUUGGUCAGGAGCGCUCUCCUCACCAUGUCUCCAUCCCCUAUUGCUUCCUUUGCCAUGGAAGCAACUGGGACAUGCUAAGGCAAAGCCAAAGUCAUAGAGGAGAUGGAGGAACUCUUGAAUGCAGAAUGUCACUAAGCUCCAAGGGGAUAGUUCCAUCCUGAGAGAUAGGAUAUGUAGCAGAUGGGACAAGGGAACUACAAUCCCUUUUGAAACCACUUCUAAAGCCCUUCAAAGCCAGGGCAUCCUAACUUUGGACACCUGCACCGCAGGUGGGAGCUGGGGAAGGAGGCAAAGAUGUGGCUGCAAACGGGAGUUGCUGCAGCACCUCCUGAGACUGUGCUCGCUGCUGCUCUGGGACCACGCAUAGCAGGGAUGCAGUGCCUUUCUGCGUGUCAGGGCAGUGGAUGCCAAGCUGUGGUGUUGGGGUGAAUGACUACAGUGAGCCCAGCAUGGUACUCCAUACCCUGCUAUGUCCCCACAGGACCUGCCUGAGCAUCCUGCCCCUUGCAGUCCCACUCAUCCAGGCUGCUCGGGGGCUGUGUGUCCCAGCUUGGCGCAGGCAGCAGCCUGGAGAGCCAGCACGGGGCCAAGGGGUGGCUGCACCCAAGGACCCUGUGUUAAUGGAUUUGGAGUUUCCAAGGUCAGGCUCCCACUGUGAGCAAGAAAAACAUUCCCAGGGAAGGGCCAUGGGAAAGGGCCCCCCCGCGCAGCACUCCCAGCCCCAGCUGCUGCCUCACAGCCCAGCCUGGCAUCCCAGGCUGCUCACACGAGGACUGGCUGCAUUGCCCCUGAGGAGAUGUGCUGUACAAAGGCUGGGUUGCCCAAGCUGCCCAAUCUCUUGGAAGGGGUAUUCGGUGUGGUGAGGAUGCCUGACUAUGGCAGGAGAGGAGAGGGGUAGGGGCGGGCCAUGAAUGGGGUGCAGGAGGUGUUGUGAGGUUCUUGGGGGCGAGGGAGGGAGUGGCAUGCUUGGCCAGGACAGGGGAGGCAUGUGCCAACUCCCAGCCAGCCAGCUUUAUAUCCACUCUGUGUGGGCACUGACCCCAGCCUCUGUACUUGCAGCUAGCAUGGACCAGCGACAGGGGCCACCAGAGCGAAGGCCUGCAGGACCUGCCACGCACCUGCAGCCCAAGGAAGGGACACUGUGGGGGUUCUUUGCCAUCCUGUCACUGCUGGCUGGACUGGCCACAGGCACCCUGCGAACACCGCACUGCAACGAGACGCUGGACGCAGCCCCCACGCCACGGGGCACGGGCACUGCCAGCCUGUCUGCGGAGGAUGGUGUGGAGGCACCACUUGCUGCUGCCUGGAGCCAGCUGUAUGGGGACAACGCGACAACGGGUAGCCCAGGCGCCGCAGAGCUGGCGGAGGACCUGCUGCUGCGUGCUGAGCGCUCACCGCCAGGUGCCAGCAAAGCCAAAAAGGCGGGGGGGAAAUCCCCACGGCGCACCCGCGGGCGCAACUGCCACAUCCGCAACCUGAUGGUGAAGGUGCGUGACCUGGGCCUGGGCUUCAACUCGGACGAGAUCGUGCUCUUCAAGUACUGCAGCGGGUCCUGCCACCGGGCACGCAGCAACUACGACUUGACGCUGGGCAGCCUGCUGCGGCAGCAGCUGAUCGCCCCGGGGCCACAGGAGCGCGUCCUCAGCCACCCCUGCUGCCGACCCACCCGCUAUGAGGCUGUCUCCUUCAUGGAUGUGGAGAACACAUGGCAGACAGUGGAGAAGCUCUCAGCGGCUGAGUGCAGCUGUAUUGGCUGAGGAGGGGGCCGCUGGCUUGGCCCCAGCUCGACACAUGCCGACAGACUCCAGCUUGCCACAGGCGGCGGCACUGUUGCUCAGAGCAAGGGUUUGGCAGAGGCUGGUGCCCCUGUUGUUACGUGGCCACAAAGAUCCGAGGUGAGAUGGAGUCAUGACUGGGAUGUGGGUGGCCAAGCCCGCUCCUGCUCAGUGCCAAGCAGCUGGUGCCAGCGGCUACACGGGGUCCUGGCUCAGCCCUGGGAGACGAGCUGAAGAGAGUGUGGACCAUCCCCACCACUCCCAAGGGUCUGCCAGCCCAGUGUCCAUCAGCAGCACUCCUGCACCAGAGCUCCAGGGGCCAAGCAUCACUCAAGCUUCAGAGGGGGCAAAACCUUCCUGUCUCCUCGGGCACCCUAGGGUCGGUGGUGCAGGGGAGGGGUGUCCCUGAGGGCAGGGAUGCAGUGGGGCCAGUUUGCACCAGAGUGGAGUGGGGGAUCUGCACCCAGACCAGCAGCAGACCCUAGUAUUCUGCAGGGUGUUCGUUCAUGGACACCCAUUGGGACCCCCACCCCUGCCUGGUUCCCAGGGUAGUGGCAGGGUCCCCGCACUGCUCCGUGGUGCUGUGGCACUAAACUAUUUAUUACUCUAAAUUAUUUAUUUAUUGUUCUCGAGCGGCAGCUCCUAUUUAUGACUUUGGGCCCCCAGCGGUCGGGUGUAAUUUAACCCCAGCGCUGCACUGAAGCCCUGGGCAGCGCCCCGUGCACCCCGCACCCUUUUUCUAUUAUUUGUAAAAUUUGAGGGAUAAACUCUAUUUUUGUACAGUCGCCUUUUCCUGUAGCAAUAAAGCGAUGGGCUGCGCGUCCAA